AUGCCGAAAAUCAAGCUUCCGCGAAAGAUCCGCGACCCCGUGAAGAAGGCGAACGGCGGGUGCGGGGAGGCGGCGUUCAAGCUCUCACGUCACUACGCGGAAGGGUCCGACGGCGUGGAGAAAGACAUUCAGAUCGCACGUCAGUGGCUCUUUAGGAGCGCGGAGCUGGGGAACGCUGACGCCCAAGUCGCCUUCGCCGUCUGGCAUAAAAAUGCAGGCGAGAACGACUUCGCGCGCACGUGGUGGGAGAAAGCUGCGGCGCAGGGCAGCCCUGACGCCGCGUACAACCUCGGGGUGCUCUACGACCACGGACACGGAGACGGCCUCAGCGUAGAGGAACGCACGUGUGCGGCGGCGGGGUGGUACUUGAAAGCGGCGUCGAAGGGGAUGCGUGAAGCCCAAAACAACUACGGGCGUUAUCUCGAAAGUACAGGACAUCACGGAGAAGCGAUGACAUGGUACGAGAAAGCCGCGGCGCAAGAACACGCGGGCGCGAUGCACAACAUCGCGAUGAUGUACCUCGACGGCGUCGGCUCGGAGCGAAACCUCGCGAAGGCGCGGGAGUGGUGGACGAGGGCAGCCGAACUCGGGUACGAAAAAGCGAAUGAGUGUUUGAAGGAAACCGAAGGGUAUGGGCAUGACGGUCUCCUCGACGGUCUCGUGAAGAAGGCGAACGACGGGUGCGGCGAUGCGGCGUGGGAGCUCGGCUCGCACUACUACCACGGGACCGGCGGCGUGGAGAAGGACAAAGAGCUCUCGCGUCACUGGGUCGAGAGGGCCGCGGAGCUCGGGCACGUUGAAGCGCAAGCUUACCUCGACCGCAAUUCAAGAUCAAGGGGCGAUUACAACACCGACGAUCUCGUGAACAAGGCGAACGACGGGUGCCGCGAUGCGGCGUGGAAGCUCGCCUCGCACUACUACUACGGGACCGGCGGCGUGGAGAACAAAGAGCUCUCGCGUCACUGGGUCGAGAGGGCCGCGGAGCUCGGGCACGUUGAAGCGCAAGCUCAUCUCGCGAGCAUGUUGAGAUCCGAAGGCGACUACGACACCGCGCGUAAAUUGUUCGAGAAAGCCGCGGCGGCGGGGAGCUCCCGGGCCGAGUACGGCCUCGGGUUGAUCUACUGGCAAGGCUGCGGCGUUCCGCGAAACGUUUCCAUGGCGGUCAGGUUUCUUCGAUCGGCCGCGUCGAAGGGGGAUCCUGAAGCCCAAGCCAACUACGGGCUCUUUCUCGUCAGAGAGAUGAACGAACCCAAAGAAGCGAUGAAGUGGUAUGAAAGAGCCAUGGCACAAGGAAACUCGGGAACGAUGUUCCAAACCGGGUUCCUCUUCAACAACAUCGGGAUGCUUCACUACAACGGCGAAGGCGUUCCAAAAAACGUGUCGACGGCGCGGCACUGGUUUACAAAAGCCGCCGCGAAGGGAUACGCAGAAUCGCAGAAGAUGCUGAACGCCACGGUCACUGAAGCCCUGCAGGAGGGCGCUCCAUACGAUUACGUAGCCAUCGAGAAGAUACUUACUGAGCGCGUGGAGUUUUUGGGCACGGAUAAGGAAGUGGAGAAUCUCGAUGAACUGAGGGCGCUUAAAAGGAAAGCUCUCCGUGAUAUCAUGGAACUCUCCGGUGCAAGCAUCAGCGACGACGCCGUGGAGCUCUUCGUUUCCGGGCCGCUUCCUGAUCACAAGGCUGCAGAUGUCUAUCAUCAUCUCGGUCUUUGCUUCCUUCACGGGAGGUGCGGACUCGAGAAGAACCUUCGGAUGGCCAAGGAGGCCUCCAAAGUGGACGAAAUUGACCCCCGGGACACCGCCGCCGCCGCCGCCGCCUCUGAGGAGCUCGUGAAGCUUCGAGCGUGCGUCACCUGCGGUAAGCGCGACGUUCGUUUGGGAUGCAAACUGUGUCGCGGCGUGCGGUACUGCAACAAACGGUGCCAGCAGAAGGACUGGGCCCGCGGAACGGAGCAGCACCCGCCGCACCGAGAGACGUGCUCGCGCGUCGUGAACGGAAUUGUUCCACCCGGGGUAUUCGCGCGGCUCCGCGACGACGCGGCGAAGAACAGAGAAGCGUCGAACUGA